GAUCCUAUGACCGGAAGCAUAAAAAACACGGAAGCGCUUUGUUUUUAUUUUACAGCCAUCUAUAGGUGGCUAUCAGAUGCACCUUUAGGCUGCAGAAGUCGUUUUAAAUCCGCUAUUCAAACAGCCUGGGCUCGACGCAGACAUCCACCGUGGGAGCUGAGGUAGCUAAUUUAAGUUGUUUUGCUUCGCUCGUCACUGUAGCGCAGCAGAAGUUUACGCUUUUUCGUGUUAAUUUCACGAUGGUGGAGCCCACAGCAUCUGGCGUGUUCUGCAACAGGAUGUUGAGCAUGGUCAACUCUGAGGAUGUGAACGCCAUCAUUCAGGCUCAGAGACACAUGCUUGAUCGCUUUGAGAAAACCAAUGAAAUGUUGAUCAACUUUAACGGGCUGUCUAACGUGCGACUGCAGCAGAUGAACGAACGGUUCCUGCUCCACACUCGCACCCUUGUAGAGAUGAAGAGAGAUCUAGACAGCGUCUUCAGGAGGAUCAGGACACUAAAAGGGAAGAUUGCUAAGCAGUACCCAGAAGCUUUCAGCAAUAUCCAUGAAUCACCCAUCCUGGAGGACGACGACGAUGAUGAGUUUGACCUAGUUUCCCCUGGUGCUCCCACAACAAUUACAACAGCCACCUCGGAGCAGAGCACAGAGUCCUGUGACACAAGUCCAGAUGUGAUCUCACCCACAGUGAGCCGAUGCUCUGAAGAUCUGUCUCAAGAGCCGCCUGACACGCCCACCUCCGAUGUCCUAGAGACAGCUGUCCUACAGGAUGAGGGUCCGGACUCUGUACCUGCAGAAUAG